AUUGCACUUUACCCUCAUAUUUUCCAGGCUUUAAAGCGUUCAGUACCCAGGUUCUUCGGCAACCAGUCGAUACACAGAGCAAACCCUAAUAGAUAUCCCGAUUCGAUCUUCCUCUUCGCUGUGCUCGACAACAACUGCAAGAAGGGGAAAAAGAGAGUGACCAUGGCGGACGAGGAACACAAUGAGCUGAAGGAGGAGGUUCCAGAACUUGCUCCUUUUGAUCCAACCAAGAAGAAGAAGAAGAAGAAGGUUGUUAUUCAAGAUGGCGGUGAUGAUUCUCUGGACAAGCUGGCUGAAAAAACUGAAUCUCUGUCAGUGACUGAUGGGAUUGAAAGUUCAUUUUCCGGUUUGAAAAAGAAAAAGAAGAAACCUGUUGAACCUAGGCCUUUGAGUGAGGAAAUUGGGGAGGGAGGAGAUGACCUUGAUGAUCAUGGGCCAGAAGAUGAUGAAGCUGAAGAAUCUGCCCUGCAGCAGGAGCUUUAUCCUUGGCAAAAAAGUGAUCGUGAUUACGAGUAUGAAGAGCUUCUCGGCAGGGUUUUCAAUAUUCUCCGUGAGAACAACCCAGAGCUUUCAGGAGAUAGGCGGAGGACUGUGAUGAGGCCUCCUCAGGUUCUUCGUGAAGGGACAAAGAAAACAGUGUUUGCGAAUUUCAUGGACCUUUGCAAAAGUAUGCAUCGACAACCAGAUCAUGUCAUGGCUUUCUUGCUUGCGGAGUUGGGUACAAGUGGAUCUCUCGAUGGCCAGCAAAGGUUGGUUGUGAAGGGAAGGUUCGCUCCCAAAAAUUUUGAAGGGAUCCUGCGGCGAUAUAUUAAUGAGUAUGUGAUUUGCAUUGGUUGCAAAAGUCCAGACACAAUACUUUCCAAGGAAAAUCGUCUAUUCUUCCUCAGAUGUGAGAAGUGUGGAUCUGGAAGGUCUGUUGCUCCAAUCAAGGCUGGUUUCGUCGCUCGUGUGGGCCGCCGAAAUGCUGGAACAUGAUGAGUCAGGCUGUAAUUGCUUUUGUUUCAAGGAAGAGGGAGGUGCCUGUGGAAUUGGGAAGUUUUUUAAAUGUUUAAGAGUAUCGGACGGCUUCUAGUGUUGAGACUCUUUCAGAAAUAUGAUAAUGAGCAGCGGUGGCAUUGACUCGAGUGUACAAUUUUGUUUGCAUUGUUAAUGAAUGGAGAAAGGUUUUAGGAAUUGUUGGACAUUCUAUGUUAUGACUUAUGCGUCUUUGGUUUACUAUUGAUGCUUUAUGUGAAUCUGUGUGGAUAGAUUCACUUGUUUUAUUUUUAAGUCAGAGAGCCAGAGUAGGAAUUAACUAGUUAUUCGAUCGUCAAACACUCGAGGUCUUGCUUGUGAAUGAGGC